UCCUCUCCCCGGCAGGAAGAUGGUGGUUGUCAGCAUGAAGUCCAGUGCUUUAUCUUUGUUACUCUUGAACCUUUUCUCCAGCCUGGUGUCCUCCUUGUACUUCCACAUCGGGGAGACCGAAAAGAAAUGUUUCAUAGAAGAGAUCCCCGAUGAGACCAUGAUCAUCGGUAACUACCGCACUCACCUGUAUGACAAACAGAAGGAGGAAUACCUGCCUGCCACUCAGGGCCUGGGAAUGUUUGUGGAGGUGAAAGACCCUGACGACAAGGUGAUCCUGUCUCGUCAGUAUGGCUCGGAGGGACGCUUCACCUUUACCUCCCACACUCCCGGAGAGCACCAGAUCUGCCUGCACUCCAACUCCUCCAAGUUCGCCCUCUUCGCUGGAGGCAUGCUGAGAGUGCACUUGGACAUCCAGGUGGGAGAACACGCUAACAAUUACGCCGAGAUUGCAGCUAAAGACAAGCUAACAGAGCUGCAACUCAGAGUCCGACAGCUGGUGGAACAGGUGGACCAGAUCCAGAAGGAGCAGAACUACCAGAGGUACCGUGAGGAACGUUUCCGUCAGACCAGCGAGAGCACCAACCAGAGGGUCCUGUGGUGGUCCAUAGUCCAGACCCUGAUCCUGGUCGCCAUUGGCAUCUGGCAAAUGAGGCAUCUCAAGUCCUUCUUCGAGGCCAAGAAACUGGUCUAAACCCUGGGCUAGACCUGCUCCGAAAUCUGGCUCCAGGCUGGUCCGAAACCAGUCCAUAUAGGUCCACCUUCCCUUUUCAAUUCAAAGCAGAACUCAGUAACUCGUUUGUUAUGUUUGGCUUUAUAACAAUAUUUUUUAACCAGCUACUGUCCCAUUAAAGGGCCUGUGCUUGAUCUACUGUACAACUUCACCUCAAAUCAAUAGGUUGCAUUCACAUGACAUCACAAUAUUCUAAAAUCUCUGUAGUUUAAACUGAGCUGGACAGGUCAGAAUUCUCAGUUGGAAUUAUAUUUUCUUGACAAUGUGAAUAGGGCAGGUCUUUUUUUAAGAUCUAAGAUUAAUAUGAGAAGUUUGUGGCGCCAAUCCCAAACAAAUAAUGAGAAGAUUCAACAUUUGUGGAUCAUAAGUGUUUUUGAAAGAAAUAUCCAUAGUUAUACAAGUCCCACUCUCCACCUGAAAAUAUGACAUCAAAUUCUACAACGUGAAUGCAACCUAUAGAAAACGUCACUGAGUUCUGCUUUAAAAUGGAGUGAUGUUGUGGAGAUGAAUCGUCAGGUUUUGGAAUCUUAAAGCAGUACAAAUGUGGGGGCAAGGUGCACAAAAUGAACUGAAAAAUCUGCACCCCCUGAACUUCGUCCGAACGGCAGAUAUGUGAUGGCUCAGUCUGCUGUAAAUGUUACUGGCCGCUGGAGUUUGUUUUUCAACUAUUUUAAUGUAUUAAAGUUGCACUGUGUAACUUUUCUGGAGGGUACGUUGCCGCAUGUCCCAAUUGAGAUGCUAUAGCUUUGCCUGGAAUGUUUCACAGUAUGGUAUUACAGUAGCUAUCUUGUAUUUAUUACAGUUUUUAUUGCUCAAAAACAUUCUUACUGUGAGCUAGGGUUGUCAAUAGAUACUAAAACUAAUAUCGAAACUAGAUACUCAUUUGAGAAGGUAUUGAUACUAAAACAGCCACAUUGACAAGACACAGACAUGAACAUUUUCUGAAUGUCUUUAGAAUGAUCUUGAGCUGUAUCAGAACAAGUAUAAGACACAUAGACUAGUGUACACCCAUGGACCACCAUGGAACUUACCUGGACGACUGAACGAUUACACAGAUAUAAGGCCACAUGGGAAUAUAAUAGAAAGUAUAUGUUGAAAAUCAGUUUAUUGUCUAAAAAAAGUGUUUUUAUUAUCAUCUUGGUAUCGGAAUUGGUAUUCAGUCAUUUCCUUAGUAUUGAAAUCAAGUUUGAAUUUUUUGUAUUGUGACAACACUAUCGCCUCUCCGCAGAUCUAACCUGCUAACUUUGCCUGGUUGCGCUGCUUGUCUCUAUACUAAAAGAUAUGUUUUAUACUGUGGGACAUCCCAGGUAAUGCUAUAACCUCUUCAUCGAACCACCACCAGAAAACUUACAUAGUGCACCUUUAACAAAUGAAUGCAGUUUUUACAUGGAGAAAGAGCUUUAGGAUUUGGCAUAUGCUUAGGACCCCUCUAUAUGUACAUAGAUAUUUUUCUGUAUACAGUUUCUACUUACAAAUAGUAUUUCAUAUCCCAGUCCUGGUCCAACUCAUGUACUAUUUUUUUGCAACAUGGAGAAUAUCGAUUUCUAAAAAUAUCUAUGCCCAUGUCCUUAGGUCCUCAAAAUCUAAAAUUUGGUUGUAAUUUUGUUCUUACGUUUUGAGGGGAUUUCUGUUCUUGUUUCUCAGUUGUAUUUAAAAAUAUGGGUUAUUUUUGUAGAGAUUGUGUGAAGAUUGCACUCAGAGAUAAUACAAGUUUGAAGGUGAAUGGUUUCUAACGUCAAGGUUUUAUCAAACUGUGACUUAACCAAGAUUUGUUUUAAAUAAAUGUAAUAAAAGGAAAUGG